UCUUACAUCAUAUUUUCUCUACAAGUAUUUCUCUACUGGAAACUGGAGGAGACUGCUAGGGCUUUUAGGGUUCAGGAUAACAGACGGACGACUGAGCUUGAGAUCGAAUUAGUUUAUUGUUGUUGAUCAUAUAACCAAAGCUGAGAAUCACUAUUGACGAGGAAGGAACAAUGGCAGCAAUGAGGACAGGGGGUUUGGUACUGACGCGCCCUGUGACAUUUGUGACCGGAAAUGCUAAAAAACUGGAGGAAGUUCGCGCUAUUCUGGGCACAUCAUUACCUUUCCAGUCGCUAAAACUUGACUUGCCAGAGUUACAAGGAGAGCCUGAGGAAAUCUCGAAAGAAAAAGCUAGAUUAGCUGCGAUUCAAGUAAAUGGACCGGUGCUUGUUGAAGACACGUGCCUUUGUUUUAAUGCCCUUCAAGGUUUACCAGGACCUUACAUCAAAUGGUUUCUUCAGAAGAUUGGUCAUGAAGGUUUGAAUAAUUUACUGAUGGCUUACGAGGAUAAAUCUGCUUAUGCUAUGUGUGUGUUUUCCCUUGCCCUUGGGCCUAAUACUGAACCGAUAACAUUUCUUGGGAAAACGAUGGGAAAGAUAGUGCCUGCAAGAGGACCCAAUGAUUUUGGGUGGGACCCUAUUUUUCAACCAGAUGGCUAUGGUCUGACUUAUGCAGAAAUGCCAAAGGAAGAGAAGAACAAGAUAUCCCAUCGCUCGAGGUCUCUUUCCAUGGUAAAGUCCCACUUCUCUGAGGCUGGUUAUACCUUUCAGAUAGAUUCGUCUUCCUAAUAUAAGAGGAAAUCUAUGUUAGGUUACACCAAUCAGUUAUUAGUUCAUACUAUGCAUGUGAAAACUAAAGUGAUGAACAUCUCUUAAUUGAAUCUCUGCAUUUAUAAAUGUUAGACGUUUAGUUGAAGCUAAAUUUUUUUCAAUCUUAUAUGGUCAGUAACCAGUUGAUAGUGUGAAUGCUGCUAAAGAUUUAUGUGAUAAGUUGCAUAACUGCUCUAAAGCCUCUUUCAUC